AUGGCGUGUGCUGGCAAGGGUUGGGAGGGUUGGCGUGCGGAGACGGGGUUCGAUGAGGUUCGGAUUGGGCGGUGCGGAAGCUGGAAUCAUUGCAGCAGCGGAGACAUGUCAGUGGUGUGUAUGUCAAGCGCCUUCAUGGUGAUAUCUGGAACGGAAGAAGGGGGUGGUGAAAGGGUCAUGUACAAGCAAAACGACAACAAACUCCGCGUUUCCAUCACCGCUGACUCCGCGCUUCAGGAAGCUCCUUCAACGCCUCCUGGUCUUCUUGCAGACAGCCAGGAUACGGCUUGCGAAUGUCGUUCUCCAUCAGGCUUGUGGAGUUUUGCGCACUUUCUGCUCGCUGCAUCUCGACGGGGAGGGAUGCAAACAUGGUUUUCUUGUCGUGUCGUGGAUGGGUGUGUUUUGUGA